CACAAGGCGAACACUAAGGCCAAUUGAAGUUUCAGUACUUUUGGGGGGGGGUUUCACUCGCAGAGCUGCGUGUUUUUCCUAAGGAUUAUUCACAUAACCCGAGACUUGCCUUGAACCAGACUUGUCCCUUACAAUACAGCUUGUCAUCGCAGUGGAAUAGAGGAGCACUUUGGACUAUUUUAUGCAGAGAAUUUUUAUACUGUGCCAAAAAGAACUUUCUUUGUAAACACCUGGUCAUCUGCACUCUGGAGCCAUGCCACCUGCUGUUGGAGGUCCCGUCGGUUACACUCCUCCAGAGGGGGGCUGGGGCUGGGCCGUGGUGUUUGGAGCCUUUAUUUCCAUUGGGUUCUCCUAUGCCUUCCCAAAGUCCAUCACUGUGUUCUUCAAAGAAAUCGAAGUGAUCUUCAAUGCCACCAGCAGUCAAGUGUCCUGGAUCUCUUCCAUCAUGCUUGCUGUCAUGUAUGCAGGAGGUCCUGUCAGUAGUAUCCUGGUCAAUAAGUAUGGAAGUCGGCCUAUUAUGAUUUUAGGAGGCUGCCUCUCAGGAACAGGACUCAUUGCUGCUUCUUUCUGCAAUACUGUUGAGGGCUUGUACUUCUGUGUUGGUGUUGUGGGAGGUCUGGGACUGGCGUUUAAUCUCAACCCUGCUCUCACUAUGAUUGGCAAAUAUUUCUUCAAGAGACGCCCAAUAGCGAAUGGCAUUGCUAUGGCUGGUAGUCCAGUCUUCUUGUCUACUCUUGCUCCUCUGAACACCUGGUUCUUCGAUCAGUAUGGCUGGAGGGGUAGCUUCUUGAUCUUGGGUGGACUUUUGUUUAACUGUUGUAUAGCUGGAUCUCUGAUGAGGCCUAUAGGGCCAAAGCCCAAACCUGCUGUUAAAGGGGUUAACAGUAACAACAGAGCCACAGAGCAAAAGACGGUAAUAGAGAUGAUCAAUGGUUUUAUUGAUCUGACGCUCUUCAAGCAUCGUGGCUUCUUGCUUUACCUUAUGGGAAACGUGGUCAUGUUCUUUGGCCUCUUCACUCCCCUUGUGUUCCUCAGUAAUUAUGCCAAGAGCAAGGAAAUUCCCAAGGAGAAAGCUGCUUUUCUGCUCUCUGUGCUGGCCUUUGUAGACAUGGUGGCACGACCGUCCAUGGGAAUAGUCGCUAACACAAAAUGGGUGAGACCGAGGGUGCAGUACUUCUUUGCUGCCUCUGUUCUUCUCAACGGUGUGUGUCACCUGCUUGCUCCUCUGUCGACGGACUACACAGGGUUUGUGAUUUACUCCAUCUUCUUUGGGUUUGCCUUUGGGUGGCUGAGCUCUGUGCUGUUUGAGACCCUCAUGGAUCUGGUUGGGGCCCAGCGUUUUUCCAGUGCUGUAGGAUUGGUGACGAUUGUGGAAUGUGGGCCAGUGUUACUGGGGCCUCCUUUACUAGGAAAAUUAAAUGACAUCUAUCAUGACUACAAGUACACUUACAUGGGCUGUGGAAUUUUGCUACUGGUUGGCAGUAUGUUUCUUUUCAUCGGAAUGGGCAUCAACUACAGGCUACUACAUAGGGAGGCAAAAGAGGAAUCCAAGAGAGCCAAUCUGCAGGGGAGAGAGGAUGACGGCAACAAAGACAGUUCAAACAGAGGAUCUGGCAAAGAGGCAUUGAAAGUACCUGAUGACAAUACUGCAGAGGAUGCUGUGUGACACUGACUAUUUGAUUUGAAAUGAAUUGAUUUGGUUAUCUUAUCACCGAUGUUGAUCCUGGUGAUACUUAUACUCUACACUUUCAAUAUUGUGAAAAUCUAAAUACAAAUAUCCAUCAAGAGUAUUCAGGCUGCUGUAAAUAAUAUAAUAAAAUUAAUUAAAUAAUACAGAUUUUAUCUGAUUUUAGUUUAAAACAUAAUAUUUCACUGUAGUUGUGGCACUAUUUUGGGGUAUUUUAUGUAUGUUGAAGGAAAGAUUGAAUCUAAAUGCACUGAAUACAUAAAAAAUAAUCUACUGGACACAACUGUCUUAUAAUAAGGAGAGAAAUUAAAGGAAUUGUUCACCCUAAAGUGAGAUUACUCUCAUUUACUCAUCCUCAUGCCAUCCCAGAUUUGUAUGACUUUCUUUUUCUGCAGAACACAAACAGAGAUUUUUGGUCAGUAUGGCUGGAGGGGUAGCUUCUUGAUCUUGGGUGGACAUUUGCUUAACUGUUGUAUAGCUUGGUCCAUACAAUGCAAGUGAAUUGCGACCAAAACUUUGAAGCUCCAAAAAGCACAUAAACGCAGCAUAAAAGUAAUCCAUACAACUCCAGUGGUUUAGUCCAUGUCUUCUGAAGUGAUCCAGUCGGGUUUUGCUGAGAACAGGCCAAAAUAUAACUCCUUUUAUAUUAAAAAUCUUGACAUCAGCAGUCUUCUUGGUGAUCAUGAUUUCCAGCUUCACUACAUUUCCUAGCACUCUGAGCAUGCAUCCAGCACAAGGAAGUGUGGUUGAGCUUGAAAUCAUGAUCAUGUCUUGAGACUGCAGUGGCAAAAUUUACAAUGAAAAAG